AUGCGCAAAGAGAAUCCUGCACUGUACGAAAAAUGGCUCAAGUCACAGCAAGGUUCAGUAUCUCUCUCCGAUCCGGGUCGCAUACAGAAGCUAAGGGAACAAUUCGGUUAUACCCCGAGAUUAGGAGAAAUCGGUGGCACAACUUAUCGGGAGGAGGCGUUUACAAACUUUGAAGGUGUCGAUGUGAAUAGUAACUUGACGUUCAAGAGGCUGGAAACUGUAACAAAGUUACACAGUCACCUUCAGAAUGUAAGAUUCUUGCUCGUGCGCUCACCCCCAAUGUCUGGAAAGACGUCACUUGCACAACUCUAUGAGAACUACUUACUCAAUACACAUAAUGAACUACGUAUAUUUCGAAUAUCGCUCAUAUGGUUAAGGAAGGAAUCAGACUGGGAUUUUACACGGCAAUUCGAGUAUUAUAUGGGAGGGGUGUCAUGGGAUACCUUCGUUCAUGAGUGUGACAAAAUACAAACGAUUCUGAUCAUGGAUGAAAUUCAAGUGUUAUACAAGCCGGAAGUCAAGAGAGUUCUACAGGGCGGUAGUCUCCACAUCGUUGCCUUUGCAUCCUAUGGAUAUCGCGGAGCAUAUAGUGGACCAGGCUAUCUUAAAACUAUAUCUCCUUUUGACUUGGAUGAAAUUAAUACUUGGAAUUUUGAAGACGUUCGGUAUACUGAACAGGAGUAUGCAGAUUUCUUUAGUGUUUUUUGUCGCUCCAAUUUGAAGCUGGUUCCUGAAGGGGAUGUCCCCCGACUCGCCAACUAUGUGAAAGAAGCAACUAAGUGCCAUCCUGGGCUCAUCUCUUUCGUUUUGAAUGAUAUUGUUUUACGAUUUCGACAGCAGGGCGUUAAGCGGACACGAGCAUGUCAUGACGUAAUAGCGAUAUCUGAAGAAGAACAACAACUUAUCGACAAAGUCUUGUUCAAACCUGGUGGUAUUGACACACGCAGUGCAGUCGCAGACCGUCUGAUCAAAACAAAUGUUCUUUCAGACUUCCGUCAAGGAUAUCAGUUGAGAAACAGGAAACUUGACUUCACAUCACCACUAGUCCGUGCAGCCUAUCUUCAGGAACGUCUUGGAUCUAGAACCCGUGUACACACUUUAACAAAUACUUUCGAAGAUUUUAUCAAGAAGGCCUUCAAAUUAAUGAGCCCGGAGACUUUCAAGAAAACCCUUUGCAUGGGUCGUGAUGACGUUGGUGCUGUUUUUGCUUCGGAGGGCUGGGUGGACUUCUAUGUUGAUGAUGACCAUGAUUGGAUGAUAGAGCUAGUUCGAGAUGGUGAAAAUCUGGAAAAGCAUCGAGAGAAGAUGAAGGAGGACGGCCUAUAUGGUUCAAUUCUGAAAUGUGCUAAGCAUCAUGCAAUCGUGGAUAUUAGAAGUGGUGUGGGUAGACCCCGCAACCUGAAAUCAGGUGUCAUUUAUGUUGUGUGUUCACAGGAUUUUUCCAGCGUGGAAAUAUGUAUUAAUAGUAGUUGGGACAAGGUUCGGCUGUGUGGAAGUGGAGAUUUGUACACUGAGUUGG